AUGACAUCUAUUAAAGGCCCCGGAGCGGCCCAGACCCUUGAUGGCUCAGGACUGCGCAUUGCAAUUGUUCAUGCCCGCUGGAACACAGCAAUCAUCGAUAACUUGGUGGCAGGCGCGAAGAAGAGCUUGCUGGCAUCUGGCGUGACCGAGGAGAACAUCACCGUCCAAACGGUUCCCGGCAGCUACGAAUUGCCCAUCGGCGUGCAGCGACUAUACGCCGCUUCCCAAGUCCAGGCGAGCUCCACCGGCGAGGGCAUCAGUGCUACCGACCUGCUUUCAUCAUCGACCACCGACCUGAGCAAGUCGGGGACCUCAGCGACGCCUAAGAAGCCAUUCGAUGCCAUUAUCGCGAUCGGCGUCCUCAUCAAGGGCGCCACGAUGCACUUCGAGUACAUUGCCGACGCAGUCAGCCAUGGGCUGAUGCGGGUGCAAUUGGAUACGGGAGUCCCGGUCAUCUUUGGCCUGUUGACUGUUUUGACGGAGGAGCAGGGACUAGAGAGGGCUGGGUUGGGCAAGAGCGGGAUGCACAACCACGGCGAAGAUUGGGGUAGCGCCGCCGUGGAGCUGGGCGUGAAGCGCCGAGAUUGGUCGGAGGGACAGAUUCUGUAG